AUGACCACGCAGCCCCGCCCCCUCCGCCCAUUGGCCGCCACCCGCCGGCAUGCGGCGCUGCUGCGCGUGGCUGGGCUCCGCGCCGGGCCCCUGGCUGCUGGCCCCGCUGCAGGCCUGCGGCUCGCCCCGCGCAGCAAGACGCCCGAGGCGCUGCUGACCCCGCCGGAGCAGCGCUUCACGCUCCGCGCCGGCCUGCCGCAGCCUGGCCCUGACCGUGCAGAGCGGCUACGCCCGCGUCCCCAUCUACCGGGAGGAGCGCACCAACCCGGGGGACGUGCUGUACCCCAAGCACCUGGCGCUCGUGGGCCCGGAGGCCUGCGCGCCGCUCGGCACCGUCAGCGGGUUCUGCAGCCGCCCCCCUGCCCUUCGUCUCCAGCGACGCCAAGCUGGAUGCCGUCCUGGAGGGGUUUAAACGAAGUAGCUGCCCGGCCCUGGGGUUACUUGGGGCUUGGGCGCAAAUCGCACCUGGCCAUUGUGCAGAAGGUGAACAACGAAGGCGAGGGCGAUCCCUUCUACGAGGCCAUGGGGCUGGUGAUGAUGGAGGACGUCAUCGAGGAGAUCAUCAGGUCGGAGAUCCUGGACGACUUGGAUGACUACAAGUCCAGGGAUCCAGGUUAUGCUGCGGCUGGUGUGACUUGGCUCCACCUGCCCUGUCUUCUUCUCUCUGACAUCGAGGAGAACAAGGUUCGGAAGAGACCGGCCCCCAUGGGCACCCUGCUGGAGCCCAGGAAGGAAGAUUUCUCCUUGUUCAAGGGCUCUGACAAUGAGCACAAGGUGAAGAUCUCCCCGCAGCUCUUGCUGGCCACACAGCGCUUCCUAUCCCGAGCACCCCAGCGUCAACCAGGAAGCGAAUUCAAUGAGAGCGACCGCCUGGCGCCUGAGCACUACCUGUACCAGCGCAACCAGCCUGUCAACUACUUUGUCUGGUGCUGCAGGUACCAGCCUGCCCCAGUUACCCCCCGAGAUCAGCUAGGUGGUAGCGCUGGGCUGGCGGAGGAGCCUCCUGACGAGCCCCUGGCCAGUGCUGACCCUGACCUGUGGCCCUCUCCUCCGCAGGGCAGGCUGGAAGUGGAGAUCGGGAAGGAGGGGCUGAAAUUCGAGAACGGCGCCGUUCUCAUUGGGGUCUCGGCACUGAUGGCGCCCUCCUCGGUUCACCAGUCGCCAGUGUCCACCCUGCGGCCGAACCAGCAUGAGCAGCUGCUCAACUGCAGCAAGAGCACCGCCUACUCCAUGUACUGCCCCGACUACACCGUCGGGGCACUCACCGACCUACAGUUCAUCAAGGUGACCCGGCUGCAGUAUCUCAAUGCCCCGAUGGUCUCCAGGAUACAGCCGUCCCCCGAGUCCCCCGACAGCGUGGAGUUGAAGAUUGUCCCCAACAGCCAGACAAAGCUCCUGGAUGACAGGAACACUCUGCCAGCAGCUGAACAUCUCUCUCUUGCGCUCUGUCCAGCCACGCACUCUUUCUUGGGCACAGCUGACCUCUGCAGUUGAUGGCGGGUUCUGCGGGAUCCCUGGGGUUACUGAUGGGCAGGAGGAAAAAGCAGCCAGCCCCUUGGGGAAGAUGAGCACACGGGCAUCUAGCCCCUCCCCCCGCAGGACCCGCUGAUGGCAGCGCGGGAGCACCAGCCUAGCAUCCUCCCGUCUGUGCUAGCCGCCCCUUGACUGGGAGUCAGUCCCCGGGGACUCUACUGACAGCAGCAGUAAUCUCAUGGGGCGGGAUGCCCCAGAUGCCCUCCGCACCCCCCUGCUGCCCUGAAGGAUGCCAGCCACUUGGACUCUGCUCCAGAGGAUCUCGCUGCAUCAGAACCAACUGCCAGGGCAGCCAGAGCUGGAUUCCAGUCCAUGGGAGAUCGACCCAAUCCCCCCUCAGUGGCCGGAGCCCUGGGCAGCGUCUGUGCCAACAAACCUCCAGGGAGCAGCACGCCCAGAUCGAACCAGACCCACUGGGGGCACCUGGCGAGCUGGGUGGGGGCUGCAGGAGAGAUGCAGGUGGCGGGUUGUGGGCUGGUUCCUCCAUGGGGUGCCCUGUGUGUGUCCCUGGACUGGGCAUUCCUCUCCUUGGUGUGUUCUCUGCCAGGCUGCCCUUGGCUGUCCCUCCUCUUCCAGCAUCAGCCUGCGCCAUUCCCCUGUGCCCGCCAAGCCAGCUCUGCUCCUGCUGGGAUUCCUUGGCCUGCCCCAGGGCAGAGCUGUGUGAUCGCGCCCCAUGGGGCACUAGGUGCCACCCCACACCGGCCACUCAGUGUGAAACACCCUGCCCUCCUGAGCCAGGGCCCAUCUGCCAGCCCCUUCCAGCAGAGAGCCCACACGGUAGGCUGGGAGCU